UUGAGAUACAUGCUGUGUUGACAUCUAAAUCGUCUUCAGAAAGUAUGUUAUUAAUGAGUCAUUCCUGGGAUUUACAGACUGAGAUUGAUGAGUCUUUGGAAGAAUAUAAGAAGGGUCUGAGAGACAGAGCCAGCAGAAGCAUGACACAGCUGAAGAGUGUGUUAGAAGAGCAGCCCUCUGCAGAAGCUGCUUUUUCGCCAAAGAAGGGGUCUGUAAUGGCUCACGGCAGUCCUCGGAUUACAGGCGGGUGGAGAGAGGGAGACUUGAAAAUGACCUGGAAAGACCUACAACACAGCCACGCAGUCAAUCAGCUGAGAUCGUUGCUUCGUCAACAAGAACGGGAAUCUGCACCCAGCACGCCUACAAGUAGAAGAAAAACAUCACCCAAGAAGCCUUCAGAAAAAGGAGAUGCUGAUUUGCCAGCUGUUCAAGAUCUCGUCCCUAUUAUUAACAGCCAGUCCGAAUACAUUCAGCAUCUGGAGGCGGAAGUCAUGUUUUGCAAGGACGAGCUCUCUGGGAUGAAACAACGGAUCGGGGUGGUGAUUCUUGAAAAUGACAAACUGCAAGAAGAAUUGAAGUCAAAAACUGUUGAGGACACUUUAAAAGACUAUACCAUCCUGGAUACCUCGACAAACGCCCUGGAACCCUAUCUGACUGGAAGAACUGUCCCCAGAGCUCUGGAUACCAGACAGCACUCUCAGAGCCAGCAGCAGCCCCGAUCCACUCCUACACAGCCUCCAGCAUCCAACAGUCCGACAGAGGCUCUGAAAUGGCAAAUGGAACUGGAGAAGUUAAAACUACUCUAUCAAGCAAAAACAGAAACCGUAGAAGCGCAGGUGAUGUCAUUGAGAAAAGAUUUAGCCAUUUCACAGAAGGACUGUGAAGAAAUGAAAGGAAGACUGAGGCAUCAGGAGUCAGUGGCAGCCAUGUUCAGUGGGAUCCGUGUCGGUGGCUUGUGUUUGAAGUGUGCCCAACAUGAAGCUGUUUUGGCAAAGACCCAUACAAAUGUACAUAUGCAAGCAAUAGAAAGAUUAACAAGAGAAAGAGAUGAACUGAUGGCCGUAUUAUCCUCCCAGAGGAGCAAUCAGGGUGAAAUGCAACAAAGAGAAUCCAGCGCCUAUCAACAGGUCAAACAGGCUGUGGAGAUGGCAGAAGAAGCCAACCUGGAAAAAACACAGGCUUUGAUCCAAUGUGAGCAGUUAAAAAAAGAGAUACUGAGGCAAAAUGGUCGUCUUCAAAUGGAAUUGGCUGCUGAACAAGAGAAGAUUACCAAAGCCAAGGAGACUGCACGAGAGGAAAUGAUGAAGGAAAAAGAAGAGUUAGCGGCAUCUGUGAUGUCACUAUCCGUAAAGGUGGCCAGUCUUGAAGGACAGCUUGAGAGGUUAACCAGAGAAAAUAAUUCAGUAGCCAAUCAGCUGGAGGAAGCUCAAAAGCAGCUCAUUUCUCAGGACUUGGAUAUCAGUAAGGUGUGUGGAGAGCUGCGGUAUCAGUUAAACCAAUCUCAAUUGAAGAGGGAUGAGGCAGAGAAAGAGCUCCGGGAAUUCAGAACUAAAACCACGAGGGAUCUUGAACUCCGAGAACAGGAAAUAGAGAAGCUGCACCUGGAGCUGAGCGAAACCAAGCAGCGUCUGGAACGUGCCCAGCAGGACUCGGCCCGCGCCAAGGAUGAGUCCCUGAGACUGACAGAGCUGCUGGGCAGAUCUGAGCACCAACUGCACCUCACCAGGCUGGAGAAAGAGGCUGCUGUCUGCUGCCGCAGCGACGACGUGAAGGCCUUGACCUUCCAGGCCCAACAUCGUGAGCAAGAGCUGAUACAGAAGAUGCAGCAAAUGGAGGCUCAGCAUGAGAAGAGCGUUAACGAACUGGAAGCAUUGUUAGAUUCCCAAAAUACUUUGAUAGGAAAACUGAAGGACGAGUGCCGAAUCCUGGGUACAAAGCUGGAACAUGUGACAGAGAAGAACAGGUCAGAAGUUGGCCAGCUUUCCCAGGAGAACAUGUACCUCCAUGAUACUGUGGAGAAACUGCAGUCUCGCAGCGACAGGAUGGAAGAGCAGUGUAUUCAGCAUGGGCGGAUGCACGAGAGAAUGAAACAAAGGUGCCUUGUUUAUCAAGAAUUGGAAGCUGACCAUCAAGAAACAGAAGAGCCGUAUCAAGAAAUGUUUUUGAUCAUUAUAGCACCAAAUAAUGGACAAAGAUACUUAUUUAUUGUAUUGUUAUUUUUUAAAGAAGCUUAUUUUUAAAGCAACAAUUUGCAGGUAUCUUUUUUCCCCCACAAAUUAAUGAACUGUAUUUAAUGACUGUUUAUAUGAACAUCUCAGAGGUUGUUAGAGGUCUAUUGAAACAAACUUAUUUUCUCAAAACACAGAAGUUUAAACUUGAGAAAGUGAUGUAUUUGUCAUUGUGACACACGCCUGUUAUAGAAUUUUCCAUGUUAUUUCUACUUGCUGUGUUUUAUUGAUAUUGUGAACCUGCAUUCAUGUGAUAAUAUACAGAUUCAAUUGCACAACUUCCUAUUUGCAUGAAAAAAGUACAACACAUUUGUAAUUUGGAUGGAUGUAAAAAUGUAUACUAUGAGCCGGUAUUGGACCAUUUGCCGGAAAUUGUGAUGGUCUGUAAGUUUUUUUUCGAUUUUUUGAUUUUGAUUUCAAGUUACAUUUAUAUUCUUCCAUGUAUACUCCAACACUGUUUUGGUUUUCUUUAUUAAAUUAUGCAAAAUGUGCAUGCAAAUGAAUGACAGCCAAAAACAAGACCACUUAUGUAAAUGUAUAAAAUGUGUUUUUAAUUGGGUUUAAUAAACAGGUGUUAAGAUCAAUUAUAACCAAGUUAAUUGGAAAACAUUUGUCACUCUUCUCAGCAUGAAGACAAUUUGAAUUUCAGUCUACUUGUUGAAUAUUUUUUUUUUUUUUUAACUUGCACGUUCAACUCCAAGUACUACCAAAAUUGCAAACUUGGCUGAGGCGUCUGCUCUUAUGUUGGGCAGGAACAGAGUGGGGUUGGUUUACCUGCAAACGUCCCAACUGGUCAGACUAAUGAUCCCAAAUUUUCAAGUUAUUAGAAAAUCAUAAGGUGGGUGAGGGCACUGUAUUUAUUAUGCCUUUUAAGUGUCAAAAGCUACCUAUGUAUUCAUGCCUAAAGUUUUGUAUUUAGCCAUAUAUUAAUAAAUGUUUACAAAGGAAUACAUUGAUGUUUUUAAAACUAAUUUUGUUUUUCCAUUUUUGUUUGUAUACAAUUUGAUAACGUUUUCAUGAGCAGCAGCUCAGAAUUUUAACCGAUUCAGUUCGAUCCAAAUUCUGGUGGCAUUGGAACUGGUAUGCAUUGGGUCACCUAUUGAAAUCACUGCUGCAUGGAGGACAGGAGCCAAGCUGAGCCCGUGCCUCCAGUAUUAAGUACCUUGGCUACAUUGCUGAGUGUUUGGCAGAUGCUCAGGGGUGUUUUUACAGAAAGAAAUGAGGUUGUCUGUUUAUUUUCAUGCCUCCUGAUCAGUAAGUUGCAGCGGUGACGACAUUCAAAUUGGGCAUUUCAUAGCUGUCAACACAAAAUUAAAGCUAUCAGUAUCACAAAAAAGUUAUGUAACCCCAGAGUCUGAUAUUCUCAAUGACUUGUGCUAAAGAAUGUAAUUUCAAUUAGAUAAACUGUUCUCUUGAUAUGCUUGUAAAAUGUGUACAGUAUGUUCACAGGUGGACAGACAGAGGUGCCUAUGCUAUUUCUCUGUUGCAACGCAUCAUCAUCAUCAUAAUAAUGAUAAUGUAUUCAGUUAGAAAUUGACAAAACUCACUGUAAAUGAAGCCUAAUACACAAACAGCAGCAUCAAAAGAAAUGAAAAAAACUUACUGUUCAGAAUUCAAAGUGAAGACUUUGAAAUUGCAUACCACUAAAAGUGUUGUACAUGUCUGCUUUCUGAGAUCUUUGGAAAAAUAUGUUUGGUUUGAUUACCAUUGUUAUUUAUAUACAGAUGUGACCAUGCAAGCUAUAUACCAUAACAGCCCAUUUUAUACAACAUAAAAUACUUUAUUUCCAGCAUCCAAGCUCAAAAUACCAUUUUCAAAGUUGAACAUUGUGACAAGAACUGUGACUUGAUUAGAUCAGCAGAUAUCACUUACAAACAAGUUUGAAUUAAUUAAACUAAAGUAUUUGCUGUUUUUUGUAAUAUUUCAUUUUACCAUGCAUUAAAAAGGAUGAAUUGUAAACAGAUACAAAAAGGACUCUCUUUUUUUCUGAAGUGAGAAGCCCAAAGAGGGAGGUGCUGCUAACACCAAGUGUGUCUUCUGAAUUUGGGUGUGAUACAAAACUGAUUGCUUUUGACAUCUCUAACUUUGACCUACCUGAUUACCACUAUAAUACGAUUUUCAACCUGAAUUGAACUACUCCGUGUAUACACCAGUGUUUUUUUUUUUUUUUUACUCACUAGUUCAAUGUCACACAUCCAGAUGUUGUGAAAGAAUUCUUCAAAGCCGCAAUUCUUGUCUCAAAUUACCUGGUAUGUCUUACCUUACUAGUGUGAUAUGCACAGGACACACAUGACACACUUUUUAGAUGGUGAUUCAGCACAAAUUCUAGAACAGGUCUAGAGUCACCAUACUAUUGAAUGUCUAUAUAACUUUAAAUAUCGUUUUAACAAAUGUAUUUGCAUCUAAUAUGAAGUUUAAGCAGUCCUAUGUUUAAUACUGUACAUCUGAUUUGGCAGCAUAUAUAUCUUAUCAAGCUACAUGUGAAUGAGAUUUAAAAUGAUAAAAUCAUAAUACUAUGUACCUCACCAAUAUUUGCAACAGUAUAAAACAAGGGCAUAUUGAAGGAAAUGGUGGUUUAAUUGCAUGAAAGGACAUGGGGCCAAAUAUUCAAAACACAUUGCGUGAGUCGCAAGGGAAAUUGUAGAGAUUUUUUUUUUUUCCCACAAGUCCUUUUUGCACAAAGGUUGCACUUUUGAGUGAGAUUCAAAAUAGAUGCUGCAUUGGAAAAAAUGGGUUCGUGAGUUCUGUUUUUCCCUCAAAUUUGGUGGAGUUGUCAUGAAUAAUCCCGCAAGAGCUCCACCACGAGCUAAAUUCAAAAGUUAAUUUGCUCGCAUAUCACUAUGUUGCAAGGAAAUCACUUAAGAGAUUUCAAAAAAUUAAUAAAUACAUUUCUGUUUAGGCUAG